AUGCGUCUACUCAGGCCAGUGUCUAUUGUCCACCAACCCGGAUGCAGCGCAAUCACAACGCCAGUUUCGAUCUUACAUCUGAGGCCCGUGAUCCGAACAGCUGUCGAUUACGUCGCUGCGGAUUAUUCGGAUUCAAACGUGGUCUCGAUGGCACGCAAAGAUCCUGAAAGUUUCGCCGUAGGAUUUUUUGAACUUGGCCUCAGCGUCUACAUUCUGGUUCAACAUCAAUCCCGGAACCUGGCAUUGCUCCACGACGCAACUAUGGAAACCAUUGCCUCUGGCUCAAUUCCUUCAAUGCGGACAAAGCCAGCGUUGGUCCUCCCAAAUGGAACUCCGUCCGCGCCUAGAGCUUUACAAAUCAAGGUUGAGUUCGUCGCUUCGCAACUCAGGCCUCCCUCCAACAUUACCCAACAAGACGCCCCUACUCCCCGCUCACAUCCCGAAAGCGCGCACGAGAAAAUUCAGCAGGAUCCCACCAGCCAAGCUACCAUCUCGAGAGAGAGAGAGAGAGAACAAGCACCAAACACCUCGCCCGCGACUCUCCAACUCCAUCCUCCAUCCACCGCCAUGUUCCCAUUCAACGUCACGAGCCACCCGUCCGCCGGCCGGGCAUACGGCAUUGCUUCGAAGGUUCCUGCCCUCUUGCCGACCGUCUAUCUUGAAGUCCACGUUGCCUUUCUCAUCCUGGUCUUCGUUUACAUUCGCAUUCGGCUGUCAAUCAGUGUGAGGAGGCUGCGAAGACUGCUGGUCAGGGAGUUGGCAGUUCGGUGGGACUGA